UUACAUCUUUUUAUCCUUGCUCACAACAUUAAACUAGUGCCCACCGAACGACGAUUACGCACCGGCGCUUCUGCCCAACCGUCGGAGCGCUUCAUCGGGCGGACAUGAACGAUGCGUAGCCCCGCAGCAGCAGCACAUCUCCGGCCGAGCAGCUCCGUGGCGAGGCGCAGUUCGGGCACCAUCACCGGCGGAGCGAUACCACCAUCUCCUCUCUGCCUCGGUUCGCCCAUCGGAGGGUGUGUGGCUCACUGUACCUGAGAGGGAGAGAGAGAGAGAGACAGAGUCCGUCGCCUGCUGUCGGUAAAGAGGGGCAGAGGAUCAAAACUGGACCAAUGCACCUGCCUCUAACGCUCUCAAAUGCAGUGCGCAUCAGCAAUCAUCCAUCUGCUGCGCUUGUUUUGCAACUGAUGGUUGUUUUCCCUCCUGCUAUUCUGAUGCGUUCAUGAGGAUGUCUAUGAAUAUGUUUAUUCUGGGGCUCUGGUGUUGUGCGUGAGUCACCGUUGGCGCUGGCGAGCGGGUGCUGUUGUCGGGGCCCGUUGACAUGCGUUCCCCCUGAGCUCGGACACGCCCGUCUCAGUGGUGUGGUGGCAGGAUGCCGGUGCAGGCGGCCCAGUGGACAGAGUUCCUGUCCUGUCCCAUCUGCUACAACGAGUUCGACAGCAGCGGCCACCAGCCCAUCAGUCUGGGAUGCUCCCACACGGUGUGCAAGACCUGCCUGCACAAGCUGCACCGCAAGGCCUGCCCCUUCGACCAGACGCCCAUCAGCACCGAUAUCGACCUGCUGCCCGUCAACUGCGCCCUGCUGCAGCUGGUCGGAGCUCAGGUCCCAGACGUUCAGCCGGUGAGCCUGAGCAGCGCAGCAGAGGUCGAACACUAUGAGGUCUGCAGGGUCUGUGUAGAAGAGCUGGCUCUCUACCUGAAGCCCAUCAGCGGAGCAAAAGGUGUGGCCACCCUGAGUCCCAGCGUGCUCAGCCGGCCCAUGCAGAGGAAGCUGGUGACGCUGGUGAACUGCCAGCUGGUGGAGGAGGAGGGCCGGGUGAGGGCGGUGCGGGCCGGCCGCUCUCUGGGGGAACGGACCGUGACCGAGCUCAUCCUGCAGCACCAGAACCCCCAGCAGCUCUCUGCCAACCUCUGGGCAGCGGUGAGGGCACGUGGCUGCCAGUUCCUGGGACCUGCUAUGCAAGAAGAUGCACUGAAGCUGGUGUUGCUGGCUCUGGAAGACGGCUCAGCUCUGUCCAGGAAGGUGCUGGUGCUGUUCGUAGUCCAGAAGCUGGAGGCUCGGUUCCCCCAGGCCUCCAAAACCAGCAUCGGCCACGUGGUGCAGCUGCUCUACAGGGCCUCCUGCUUCAAGGUGACUAAGCGCGACGAGGACUCCUCGCUGAUGCAGCUGAAGGAAGAGUUUCGUACGUACGAGGCUCUGAGGAGAGAACACGACGCUCAGAUCGUCCACAUCGCGAUGGAGGCCGGCCUGCGGAUCUCACCCGAGCAGUGGUCUUCUCUGCUGUACGGAGACCUGGUUCACAAGUCACAUAUGCAGUCCAUCAUCGACAAGUUACAGUCUCCGGAGUCAUUUGCAAAGAGCGUUCAGGAGCUGACAAUCGUUCUGCAGAGAACAGGAGACCCUGCCAACCUCACAAGCCUUAGACCACACUUAGAGCUACUCGCCAACAUAGAUCACAACCCAGAUGCUCCCACGCCAUCCUGGGAGGAGCUAGAGAGUGUGAUGCUGGCCGUGAAGCUGGUGGUUCAUGGACUGGUGGAGUUUAUACAGAACUUCAGCAAGAAGAGCCACGACACUCCACAGCCUCAGGCCAACAGCAAAUACAAGACCAGCAUGUGCCGAGACCUUCGUCAGCAGGGAGGCUGCCCCCGAGGAACCAACUGCACAUUUGCACACACGCAAGACGAGCUGGAGAAAUUUAGACUGAGGAACAAGAAGGGCAGCAGCGUGGGCCGUGCAUUCCCUUUAGGUCCCGGUGUUCUGAAUAAAACCUUCACCAUGGAGGGAAGCAUCCACGCCGACGUGUCUGCGGGAGUGGGUCAGGGCCUCAAAGGCACCGGGGAGAACCCAGCCACCAUGACGGAGGGAGUUCCCGGCUUGACUCACCCCCAGCUGAUCUCACGAGGGGCUGACAUGAUGGAGGAGAUGAAGAGAGCUGUGCCGAACGGAACCAGCGGGGCUAAUGGGUCCAACGGGCUACCUGGCACCAACAGAACCACGUCAGGGUCGACAGAACAGAAGGCCAUCUCUCCUCCCAGGACUCCAGUCAGCCACUCGUCAGCGUCGUCUCCUCUGACCACGGUGGGCCGGCCCGAUGGCGGCGCUCCUCUACCCAAACAUGGUCAGUUCAUUCUGCGAGCGCCACAUCCUUCUCAGGCAUCAGAGCUGUACUACCAGGAGCCCCACUCUGCGUAUGACACAGGCCACUACCAGCCAACCUCAGGUUCCUACUACCCAUCCACCCUUCACCCUCCUCACAAACCCUGCAUGGCUCGGUUCCUCCGCUCCUCCAAUGUCCCAGAAUCCUCUCUGCCGCCUUCCAUCGGCCCUCCACCGUCUUCUUACCCGAACGACCCUCAAACUCCGCACCCGCCCUCCUCCUCUUCCUCUGGGUACCCGCCGCACCCGCCCAGAGACCGGAUGGGACCCCCUGCCUUCCAUCCCCACCCGGGCCAGCCUCAGUACGGUCCUUUGGCUCCUGCUCAUGGUGUUUAUGCUCCUCUCUACGACAGCAGGAGAGUAUGGAGGCCUCAGCUGUACCACAGAGAGGACGCCAGGAGUAACUCACUGCCUCCAGAGGUGCUGCAUUCCUCUGUCUACCAGCCUCCACUCAGGGAGAGGUUCAACUCUCUGGAUAGCAAUUACUGUUCUGGAGCUGAACACCGUGCAGGGCUACACAGGGACUACGGACGAGUUCCUCUGGGCUACGAGGAUCUGUUCAGGAGGAAGCAGGAGCAGUGGGCUCACCAUCACCACCACCACAACGCCAACAGGCCCUCCCAGUCUUCCCCCAUCUUCACCAUCGACUUCGGAACAGAGCAUGUGGAAAGCAGUGGGGGUCAGUGCGUGGGAUGCAGGUUCAGAGGCGAGGAAAGCUUAGCUCACUACUCUCCGUGGUCCUGUGGUACCAUCGGCCCCUGCCUCAGCCCCUUUGAGCCUGAAACGCUCGCACACAACUCUGCUCACUCCUGCUCUGAGCACUCGGAGCUGGACGGUAACGAAGGUGGAGGUGGCGGUGGCGUUAGCAGCGGUGGUGUUGGGAAGCGGUGGCUGCAUUCGCUGGAUCACUACCGGCGUUUAAAAGACGAGGACCCCAUCAUUCCCUUCAGUGAGGGGCCCAUUAUCUCUAAGUGGGGCGCUAUUUCAAGGGCGUCUCGCACAGGCUACCACACCACCGACCCCGUGCAAGCCACGGCCUGCCAGGGCAGCGCCAGCACCACACCCAUCAACUUCAAAGAUUACAACCCCCACUUGGAUCACGGUGACUACAGGUGGAGCUCCAGAGGAUCAGACUCUUCCAGCCACUCCAGUUUCCUAGAGAGUGAGCAGCUUUGUGCAUCAGAGCUACACGUCCGACGAACGUCAAUAAGCAGCGGUGAGAAAAUUGUGUCUGAUCUGCAAGCGCAUCAGACCGCCUUCAGCCAGGAUCGGGACCGGGCCGAGAGCGAACCGGACCCGGAUCGAGACAUCGAGCUUGAACUGUGCGCUCUGGACAUGGAGGAUUCAGACCACCAGGAGAUCAAGUCUCAGGAGUCUUUAGAUCUGGCCGCCCCACAGUCUCAGGAUGCUUCCCACCUCCUCCCACCUCCCCGCUCGUCCCCCCUCCUCUCCUCCCCUGUAGAGGAGCACUCCCAAACAGAGGGUCUCUCAACAGAAAAGAUGGAUGCUCACCUGUUGAAAAAGAUGGCCUUCAGGAAGUCUCUGUCUCCUGGAGGGUUGGUCUCAGGAGGUCUGGGCAUCGGGAAGCUGGUGCUGCGUACCGGACCCCCUCGGCUGGGCGACGCCUCCGCCCGGGCCCGUCCAGAAACACCCGGGACGGAGAUGCUCCUCAACGGAAGCUAAAGGGGGCACAAAGUCAGACACUGACCCGCACCGAGCCACAGCCGAGUCACGUGCCCACAGCCAGACCCCGGUCAAAGGGAAAACCAUUUAAUUCCAGCCUUCAUAUAUGUCAAUCAUAUGCCUAAAUAAAACUUGACACAUGUAGAUCAACAGUCUGCGCUGCGCCACACGGCAAGGGGCGUAAGAAAAACCGCACUGUCCUGCCCUUGAUAGGUGUUCGUCACCGGUGUGUAGCUCCACAGAGGAUUGAGUGAUAUCAUUGUUGGUGGCUAAUGAGGUACACGACCAGUUUUCUCUAAUGAUAGAUGCUGAACUUGUCCAUGUUUGCAGUUUCAACCUUGGUCACAUUUAGUGGAAGAAUUAGAGAACUCAGUAUCUUCACCAUCUGAUUGAAAGGCCUUUUUUUUUUCUCCCCAAGUCUUAUAUCUUAAUAUAAUAAGUCCGUUUUCUUUGUAGCCCCCAACUAACAGCCAAAACUGAGAUUCUUUCCCCCCCAUUACUGAAUAUGGGGACAUAAAUGGUAGAUCCCAGUAAAUGGUUUGUUUCUUUACAUCUAUUCUACACAUGUAAUGUUUUUAGAUAUACAAUAGAUUUCUGUGUUGCUUUUUAGCUUGUGCCUUGGAAAAAAAAAAGAAAGAAGGUGUUUCCAUCCAAGCAGGCGCCAGUUUAUAGUCUCAAAACAGUGGAAUUAUUUACCCCCUUUUAAAUAUACUGCCCCCUUACGAUUAUAGCUGAUAUGUCUGUUAACAUGUAACCGCAGAACAAACGCCUUCUCUGAGCAGCCUUAUGUGGCCGUGACUUCAUCCAGCGUGAUGCCACUGGUUUUACUGUAGAGCCUUUGUUGACAUUUCAUUUCAUAAGUAUUCCCCGGCGAGAUCGAGAAGUAGAUGCUCCUGGUAGAACUGAGACCAAACAUGGGCACUACAUGCCUCCGACAAAGUGAAAAGAACCGAUAGAGAGAGUCUCGAAUGUGCCGAUAGUGAAACGAGCCUCUGUGCUUUAUGAGUCACAUGAUCUUUUAAAUGUUGACCUCUGGAUUCCGUCGACCGUCACGGGAUCGCAGGAGACAAUAACGCAGUCAUAAACCGGAUUUGUAAACGUUCAUUGAUCACUAGAGGUCAGUUUUGUACCUUAUUUUUUAGAAUACCUUCAACAUCUGCUCUUGGUCUUCAUACCUAAAGAAUAUAAAAGCAGUGUUUUCAGCUGCAGGUGGAAAUAACUUCUCGAUUAACUCACAAUCAGUCUUAAAAAAAAAAAGGUUUGUUUCCUCUUUGUGUGCCUGUAGUGUUGACUAAUCCUGACACACAUUCACACGCAGUUGACACAGAAUCGGUGGCCUUUCUCUGCUUGUAUGAAAACAAAACUAAACAUUGGGCUCUACGGUGACUUCUCUCCUGCCAGAGAUCAUAACACGUAAAUCUCAAAACUGAACGCUGGAAAUCACAUUUUUGUAAUCCUAUGGCCUCCGCUGUCACAUUUAUGUGCGAUGCGAUCGAUAUUAACAGGCCGCGCAUGAUGCUUAAAGGCUACAACAGAGAGAGACGCCACUUCUUUAUGUUUCUUCAUGCUUUGUUUGACUUUGUGAAAAGUUUUGGUUCGUUUUAUUUUACGCAUCGCUAACUUCUGUGAAGUUGUCCGUUGGGGUAUUUUGUAUCAGGAUCUUUGUUACUCUUGUUUUUGUUGUGUAACAGUGUUUUGCUGGCCGUCAGAUGUGCUGUCAUCAGAACUCCACCAAAGUCUCCGUCACUUUAGUGUUGUUUGAUAUGGGCGAUUUCCACAUCGUGUGCCGCGCCUCGCUCCUUUUUAUAGACACGAGGCGUCUUAUCAUGUGUGACUUAGUAACUUUAAUAAAAUAUCCACCCAUCUUUAGAUAUACGGGAUCUAACGUCAAGAAGACUCCUUUAAGUUUGUUUACACCUAAUUCUGAAUCUAAUGAGAUUUGUGUAGAAGGAGAAGAGGAGGGCAAACUAAUCUUUGAAUCUUUCAAGCUCCCUCUGUAAUUUCCUCUCAUCUCUGCUACUGAAAAAAACCCCUGAGAGGGAAACAUCAGUGUUUUUCCUCUUAGAUUAUACAUUAAAAAACCCGCUUUUACAGGGUAGAAGAAUGGCUGUAUUGAGUUUUAAGUUAAAACUUUUUAACCAGAAUUAGUUACCAGGGGGUUUUCCUCUUUAUCUUCCACCCAACUGCUCAAAAAACAUGGGUAGAGAAACUGGAGAAUUGGAUAUUUCAUUGUAACUUGAUGUGACAGUGCUCUUUUUAAAACAAAGAAAAAAAAGGUUUUGUAGGGUCAAUUUCCGACUGUAAAAAGCAAAAAGGCAAGGGCUGGCGCAGGGAUUUAGCAGUUAUUAACUUAGCUCAGCUACCUACUGUCACUCUGCAUCUGUUUACAACUUCACCUCUGAAGUCAUGUAAGUGCCAUGUCGUGUACAGUACAAUCAAUCCCUGCAGAUUUUCCUACAGCUUUUUUCACAUUCCUCACCUGGAAACCACGUGAGGAGGGAGACGCUCGGUGAAGUCGAGGAGUGGGACACUUCUCUUGUAGUUCUGCUUUGUUCCAUUAGAGGAGGCUAGAUCCUUGUCUGUUUUUGAAUCGCUCAGGGAAGACUUAAUUUGCUCAGCUGCUUUGGCUUUUUUUCUAUAUCCAUCCCUUGGAAAUAUUCUGUGGAAGUAUUUACCUGCUGAUAACUGACCCUUUCACCCCAGACGGGCUCGAGUGUUAACACUGACUCUUUUAUUUGCCAAUGUUCACUUUGUUCUCUUUUUGCCUCUCGGUAUCAGUAUUGGCUUUUGCUAUUUGUGUUCUCAUGAGAAAGGGCUGGGCACUACUGUAUGUUAAAAAACAGUAUUGUGAGUAUUGAACUAAUGUCAAAGUGAUACUCCCUGUUUCCUUUAAAGUGUCUGUAGAGCACUGCUGUGGUGGCUAAUUGCACUGCACUGAUUCCCGCCCACCCCCUCAUCACUGCCAGUGCCCUCCCCCCACUCCCCCCCCCCCUCACCUCCACCACCUCCGUCCUCCCUGCAUCCUGCGUCCAUGCAUGCGAUAUAGUCCCUCUUGUGAUGGCGGAGGAGUAAUGACAAUUCUGUAGUUGUGAUACAACACACCCAGCGCUGUAAGAGUUCUGCACAUGCCCACUGUGUGGCCACGUCAAGUGCUGAAGUUUGCUUGCAGCAUUUUUAAUUGCUUGCUCAUGACAAUUAAUUAUUGUUUGAUAGAGAUUAUAUGAUUAUUACUAUUAUUGUUAUAACCACAUUUGGUUGUCGUUGUGGUAUUUUUUCCCUUCUUGAUAUAUUCUACAAGUCUGCUUCUUUGUUUUGAGAGUUUGCUGAAACUGUUGGAAAUUUUUUUAUUAGACAAGAAAAGUGUCUCAUUAUUCUAUAUUGUAUGGAAAAACAAGCCUGUUUGUUGAUUGUGAAACAUGAUGAACUGAUGUUUUCUGACUAUUCAUGUCUGUAUUAGACAUUUUAUUUGCGAAUCUAUUGUUCGAUUGAAAUGUAAAUGAACUAUUAAGAGAUGGUACACAUCCGUCAUUGUAUACAGUCUGGCACCAUCAUUAGAUGGACUUAUAGUAUAGACGCUCAUUUAUACAACCUGUGAUAAUCAGAUAUAUUUAAAUGUUUAAAUCAUUGGGGCAGCUGUGUAAUGUUUCAGAAUGAGGAAAAUACAAUCCUUAAGAGACAGCAUAUCGAAAAUGUCCCCAAAAUGAAUAAUACUGUUACGUAUUCCAUUUAUUUCCUUGGAAAUAUCACAUUGUGAAAGGUUUCCCUUUUACUUACUGUACGGUGAUGCAGGACUGGAGUUAAGUCUAACCUAUGGUGAUGAUGAUUUAUGUGCUAUUAAUAAUUGAUGAAACUGUUUGAGUUUUGUUUCAUUGACUGAUUCUUCUGUGCAUUUUCUGGCUUGUUCAACUGUAUCCCACUGACCUACGGACAGAUCGGACGAGCGGCAAACUGCUUCUGAGUUAUGAGGAGGAAGGUUUCAGCACAUGAAAUUGCAUGCUAUAAUAAACCGACAACAGUAC